AUGAAGCGAAAGACCUGGGCCGAGGCGCGGCGCCGCGCAGCCCCGCCGCCGCCCGCGCUGAAGAGGACGCGGGGCGCGGCGUCGCGGGCGGCGGGGGGCGAGGCGGAGCGGCGGCGGCAGCCGCCUCCCGUCGGGCUGGAGACCUGCCUGAGGAUCGCGGAUCGCCUUUAUUUUGCAAUUCUGUACCAAAAGCCAAAGAGUGGAGCUGCAAAUACCCAUUAUUUCUGCAUAGAUGAUGAACUUGUGUAUGAGAACUUCUAUGCAGACUUCGGACCGCUCAAUCUUGCCAUGGUCUACAGGUACUGCUGCAAGCUAAAUAAGAAAUUAAAGUCAUUUUCAUUGAUAAGGAAGAAAAUAAUUCAUUAUACUGGCUUUGAUCAGAAAAAGCAAGCGAACGCUGCAUUCCUCAUAGGCUCCUACGCAAUAAUAUACCUGAGAGAAUCCCCAGAAGAUGUGUACCGGCUUAUAUUGUCAGGAAGUGUUUCAUACCUUCCUUUCAGGGAUGCUUCCUUUGGUACUUGCAGUUUUCAUCUGACAUUACUGGACUGUUUUCAUGCAAUAAACAAGGCUUUGCAGUAUGGUUUCCUGGAUUUUAGUACGUUUGAUGUAAAUGAAUAUGAGCAUUAUGAAAGAGCAGAAAAUGGAGAUUUUAACUGGAUAAUACCAAACAAAUUCAUUGCCUUCAGUGGACCUCAUUCAAGAAGUAAAAUUGAAAAUGGCUAUCCCCACCAUGCUCCAGAGGCUUAUUUCCCAUACUUCAAGCAACAUAAGGUCACCACUAUAAUACGCCUCAACAAAAAAUUGUAUGAUGCCAAACGAUUUACAGAUGCUGGAUUUGAGCAUUUUGAUCUCUUCUUUGCUGAUGGAAGCACACCUAGUGAUACUAUAGUUAAAACAUUUCUAAAUAUUUGUGAAAAUGCUGAAGGUGUAAUAGCUGUUCAUUGCAAAGCUGGUCUUGGACGAACUGGCACACUUAUUGCUUGUUACAUCAUGAAGCACUAUCGGAUGACAGCUGCUGAAACUAUUGCCUGGAUCAGGAUAAAUAGACCUGGUUCUGUGAUUGGACCACAGCAGCACUUCCUGAUGGACAAACAGGCAGAACUUUGGACAGAAGGGGAUAUUUUCCGUGCAAAGUUGAAAGGAAACCAUAAAAUUGCUGUAACAAGAAUUCUGUCAGGAGUAGAUGAUAUUUCAAUUAAUAACACAAGAAACAGGAGAACCAUCCAAAAGGACAUUGAACUGUACAGUGAUGAUGAUGAAACAAACUGUUUAACACAAGGGGAUAAGCUUCGUGCUCUGAAAAGCAGAAGGCAAGCAAGAGCUCCAACUGCAUCUCCACUAGGUACACUUUAUGUCAUUCUAAACCAGAAAUGCCACAUGACAUGAACCAUCUUCAAGUAAGUAAAUCUGGUAUUAAAUAUGACACCCUCCAUCCAUGGGGCAUUUCCAAGAGCCUUGUCAAGUGUUGGACCAUCACAAAAGGGGUGGGAGAAGGCAGCUAAAAAGUAUGUCCUUUAAACAACUCCAUUCCUGGUCCAUGUCCUCCCUAUCAAAAUCUGUCCUAGUUCUUAAGGCUGAAAGAGUCCAGACAGGCCAAGCAGCCACUGGCGUUUUUGAUCCCUCAACAUCAGCAUGGUAGCCCUGCUGCAUAAGAGCAUAGCAGCAAUGAAAAGCUCUUCUGUGUCACUAGCACCUCCACCUCCCAGCUUUUCCAACCAUGCCAGUUGCUGCAGCUCAGUUACAGCACUAACAGGAUAAAGUGGCAAACCCUAAAGUCCUUGUACCCUGACAGCACAAUGGAAACAGACCCUUGGCAUCAGCUAUUACAAAUGCAAGAAAAUCCAGAGAGUGAUGCCAACAGCAGGAGGGUAAAUAAUGAAACAUCUCUUCUUACCCUUGUGAGCUUGCUUUUGCCUCUGUCAGUGCUUUGAUGCCAAUCUUUUAAGAUGACAGAAUAAUUCCAUUGUUUUCUACUCAGUGGAAGGGCUCAGCCUCCUCAUUAUCCCUCCUUCAAACACAGCUUUUCUCUAGACCUCCUUGCAUUUCUUCCUGAGUUCAUGUUCUGCUAUUAUUGAUCAUUUCCCAAAAUGGCAUGCUCACUGAACUGAAUCUCUAGGCAGUACUUACGACACGUAUUUGUUCUGCUUUCAUGCUUUUAGGUGCUUUUUGUCCAUCGCUUUACACCAGCAUCAUACCUAUUGUAAAGUGAACUGCUGUUAAAGGUUGAUUUUUUUUUUUGAGUUCUAUCUCUUCCUCCCACUGAUCAGGCCUUUCCAGCCUCUGGUCUUCUUUCACUCUGGUGGCAGUUUCACUAAAAAGGUUACUAGGUUUUACUUCUCCCACAAUAGCUUCUAAGGUUCCAAGUCUCUGCUAGAGCCAGCAAAAACUCUGAAAAGCAGCACUCAAUCCAUAAGCAACAGAAAUAUAACCAAACAAGUAACAAAUACAGAAUUCCUGGAUCGGAGUAUAUUGACAAGCUUAUUAUUCUCUUCUGGCAUGAGAAAAAAAAAAAUUGUAUCUUGCUGUUAUUUUUAUGUUUUGGCAGAGCUAUCCUGCUGAUUCAACUGCAGAACAAAUUCACAGUACACAAAAUUCAGUAUCUUUCAUUCAAACAUACUGUACAAAUCUUGACAGAGGAACUGCUAUUGCUAAAAGCAAGCAACAGCUUAUUGAGGCCUGCUAACUAGCUGUAAAACAUCAUAGAGACAACAGAACACAGAUUAUGAAGUCACACCAAUUUUACUAGUAACUAGUUACCUAAACAGGGAGAUCAGAAACUUAACUCAAUUUAUUUAAGGCUGGAACAUCUCCAACAUAACACUAUCAUUAAAUGUGAUGCAGUAUAUAAGGCUGCACUGAAGACACAGCUAUCUGCAACACUUGUAUCACAAAUUUUAAAAGGCAUUUGUUUUCAGAGAAUUAAAACGCCAGAAAGAAAGUAUUUCAAGUUAAAUUCUAAGUAACACAACCAAAGUGUAACAGUUGUUACUUCUUCCAAAGACUGAAGGCUGCCCCCAUUCAAGCACGAACUGUUCAGUACUUGCUCAGCGUACACUACUCAGAGAGAACAACCUUUGAUUUCAUGCCCAUUAUUCACCAAUGGAAGUGUAUUUUUUAUGCAAAGAUAAUCAUGUUUCACAUUCAAUUAUUGAUCCACUGAAAAUGAGUCAGCACAGCAUUACUUCCAACACUGCAUAUAUAUAUAUGUGUGUAUAUACACGCAUAUAUUCAGUUUUUUAUAUGAAUGUGUGUGUAUGUGCCUGUGACAGCUCUGGGAAAAAACAAGGAAAGUUAUAUGAAAAUUAUGUAAUACAGGAUUAAGAAUAAUCUUAAUGGCAUAAGCAUACUAGAGGUAUAAAUUUUGCGAUUGGGCCCAAAGCACACAAGGCUUGUUUCUAUACCAAAAAAUUCAGUAACCAGCUGAAAGCUCAUCUCCUAUAGGCUCAAAUGCCCAAUUUUCCUACUUAUCAACUCAGGGAUUUUUACUUCUGAGUCUUUAAUCAUUCUUUGGUAUUCUUAUCUUAAGCACAUACAUUUCUGUCCUCUAACUUGUAAAGGCACUUUCAUAUUAAUAUAUGCUUGCCAAUCCUAAACCAUAGUACUGCAUAUGAUUCAACUGAACUACAGACUAUCAUACAUAAAUGACAGUCAUGGAGAGAGGUGAAUUCCUUUCUUUGCAAACUUACUGUGACUUGCAUGAAUCUAAAAUUUCAACCUGAAAUGCAGCAGUUUUUCCUAGGCCAUUCAGUACAUUAACCCAAAGAGUAACUGGUAGUAGUGCAUUAAAGAAUAACAUGACUAAGAUCUGCAACACAAUUUAAUCUCUUUUUAAUAUGCAUGCCAUGUUCUACUAGCGUGUGUGUAUAUAUUUACACCUGCUGCCAACUGCUUUACAUGAAGGAGUAAAAGCUACACCAGGAGUGACAGCAGCAAAUCUGUACUUAACAGAUACAGCUAUUUUGGUACCUGAAAUAUGACAGAUGACAGAUUUACAACUCUGUUAACACAGCAAGGCAAAGAAAUUGCAUCACUGUCAUCACUUAAAAUUAAUAAUUUCUUUUCUACACUUGGAUAUACCAUCAACUAGAGAAACUCUUAAGCCAUAUUCAAGUCUGACAGACUGAAAAAUAAAAUUGUCACACAUAGGUGUUCCAAGAAACCUGCAGUUUAAGCAGUAAUUAAUUACACCAAAUCUCAUUCUUACAAAGUUUUGGAUUGGAUGGGUUGUAUCUUUUAGUUUUGGUUGGUUAGUUUAUUCUAGUUUUAAUUGAACAGUCUUGUAACCAGCCUUUUUUUCCUUUUAACCAAGAGUUUAAUAAUCUGCUGAUCAAAAGAGGAUUAUACAGAUAGAUUUUCACAAGUCCUUUAAAGCAUUCCCCAAAGGACCUACUUGUCAUUCUGUUUUGAAAGGCAGAUCAGAUUUAGAGGAAUUAACAGUAACUUUGCAACAGCAGGAAGGAGAUUGAAAAAUAAAGCAAUUCUCUCAGCCUUCCCAGAGAACAGUCAGAACUAAACUGAAUGCAUCACAGCAGAUUGAGCAAAGAUCUAAAUUUUUAGUUGAAAAAAGGGAGGGUUACAUUUAAGUAUAUGAACACUCUCCUUAGCAAGAAGAGGUCUUAGUAGAAUAGAAGGCUACAUUCAAAACAUGAUGGGAAAUAGAAGGAAGCCCUGCAAAGAAGCUCUCCACAUCUCUAUGCAUACACUCACCCCAGCAAGUAAAAAUAGAAAUAAAUAUUCAGACACAUUCUUCCCUGUCCAGUGGGAAAAUGGGAACAAGAAGGGAAGAACAAGUGAAAGAUUCCAAGACCCCACAACACCUGUAAAAUGGGCAGCAUCAGGUAAAUCUUAAACUGCAAUGAUUUCAAAUAACUUAUUUGUGACUACAAAGUGAAGUAGUCGUGCAUUAUUUCAUCCAGUUCAGUUACUCAAAAUAGCAGCAGCAUGGGUUCCUCUAACACCAGCACUUUGCUUUUGGAUGUUCUUCCUACUCUACUGCAAGUCAGAGCAUCUCUGUGUGCCAGUACGAUAAACUUGCAGAAUACAAAAUCUCAUGUAACAGAAAAUUGUCAUGUAAGUAAUUUAACAAUGUAAAAAAAAAAAUCCUCUGGGCUGAGCUACUCUGCUGACCAUCUGUUUGGAGCAAUUAGAAAAGAGUCUUUCUAGGAUGACUACAUCCUAUUUGAGUAAAGCCUUAUUAGUAAGAAAAGUCUUUUAAGAAUGUGAGUACUGUUAAAGUUUACUCCAAAGCAAAAUUUUCUUUUCUUCUAAGUGUCAUCCACUAUUUGAUCUCAGAGACUGCUUAGAAGUAGGCACAGAACUGGGAAAGUGAAAGGUUUAUAGUCAUCUGCUUUCCCAGUAAAUUGAAAGAAUGUGUUCAAGUUGAGUAGGCAUUUGAAGACUCCUUUGAGGCUGACAGCUACUUCCAAAAGGUCCAGUGUGCUUGUGCUCUCAUUGCUUUCUGUCAUCACCUCCGGCACCAUUUUCUUGUUUCUCUCAGAUCCCCCAGAAUGACUCUCAGUGUCCCCUUGGACAGUAAACAGAAAGUCUGGCUCAAGUAUGUUAAAGCUGCAAUGAAAGAACAUUGCACCUCAUCCCCAUCAUCACAUAUUUCUUGAUAAGGCAUGAAACAUUUUAGUUGCCCCUGCUAAAAUUAAAAGCUUUCUUAAUAAUACAGUUCUGUCUUUAGAUCAAUAUUCUUAUUUUAUUUAAUCUUCAAAGUAAUUGCAGACUACAUCUUGUUACUGAAGUAGGACUUAGGUGUUAAUUCAAAGCAUCUGUGCUGCUUUGAUUUUAAAGAUCACUUCAAUUUAGAGAGAUGUUCAAUUUUUUUGGUGUACAGAUUGCUGUUUAGGGUUU